AUGGAGCGUGGUUGACAGACUCUUAUGGAGCGUGGAGAUUGAGUUCACAAAGGAAACCUCAAAGCCCCCAGUCCCCACCAAAAUGUUUCUUACCAAACCAAAGAAAGUAACAAAGUCCCUCAUCUUUCUUUCAUCGCAUCCCUUCGGAAGUUCCUCUUCCUCUCUCCUUCUCCUCUCUUUCUCUCUCUGUGGAACAGAAUGAUACAGAGCAUCAGAAAAUCAGACCCAUCAAUGGAAAUCUCACCGAAAUACCAAGAUAAUCACAACCCACAAUCUCUCCUCCCUUCCCCUAACAGCCACAGCAGCAGCAGCAGCAACACCAGCAACAAUAGCAACUCCACCACCACCACCACCACUAAUAAUGGAUUUCACACCAAUCAACAACAAAUUCCCUCACCCAAACCCAUCACCAGAUCCGAAUCCGCCAACCCUUACCCAACAACUUUUGUCCAAGCAGAUACCUCCUCCUUCAAACAAGUCGUCCAAAUGUUGACCGGAUCCCCCAAACCCACCAACACUGCUGCCGCCGCUUCCCAACCAGACCCAUCACCUAAACCCCAUGCCCACAAUAUCCCUCCUAUCAAAUCCAUGCCCAAAAAGAAUCAAUCCUCUGGGUUCAAACUGUACGAACGUAGAAACUCCCUCAAAAACCUUAAGAUCAAUCCGCUCAACCCAAUUUUCGCUCCUCCCAGUUCCGGAUUCUCGCCUCGAAAACCCGAGAUCCUCUCUCCAAGCAUCCUCGACUUUCCAGCCCUCGCUCUCAGCCCAGUGACUCCCUUAAUACCUGACCCCUUUGACCGAUCUGGAGCAGCAAAUUACAGUAACUGUUAUUGUCCCGUGAAUAAUCCUAACAGAAACCACACCAAUAACAGCGUGAAUGGUAAUCUAUUAGAUGCUGGUGCAGAGGAGAAAGCAAUCAAAGAGAAGGGCUUUUACUUGCAUCCGUCUCCGGCAACUACACCAAGAGAAGCGGAGCCACGGUUGUUGCCUCUCUUCCCGGUCACUUCCCCUAGAGUGUCAGGUUCUUCAGAUACUUCAUCUUGAAUAAAUGCCUCUUUUAUUUUAUUUUUUUUUUUGGUGUAAGAUUUUUAUAUAAUAUGUCGUUGGCAUUGAUGAUGAGAAUGGCGAUGGAAGUGAGAAAAAGGAAAGAUAUAAUCUUGUAAUGUUGGAUAUUUGCAGAGAAUGAAAGGAUCUCUUUGCUUCAA